CGUCCAGCAUGGCCGCGCUGUAUGAGGGAUACACGUUGUGCGGACUUGUUCCAGCUCAAAAUCUGUCACAUUCAGGUAUUCAGGGCAUCGAACAGGAGAGGGACAGCGACCAUGUCGUCGUCACGGACUCAACCAGAUCUGUCACGCUGUACAAGGUGUCAGACCAGAAGCCGCUGGGCAGCUGGACGGUCAAACAAGGUCAAACUCUGACCUGUUCAGCAGUCUUCAACUCACAGACCAAGGAAUAUGUGGUCAUCUCAGACAAUAAGGUGAUCAGAAUUUGGAAGGAAGAAGACCUACUCUUAGACAAGGCCUUCAAAGCAACUGUGUCAUCAGAUGUCUGGAGGGUCCAUUGUGUACACGGAGGGGAGCCAGUGGUCUUGUUCCAGAGAGGAGCUGUGAGACUGCUGGACUCUCUGCUCUCUGCUCCCCAGCAGCCCAUAGAGGAAGUCCUAGCUCAAGAAGAAGCCAUCAGGUGGAGCACCAACAUAGUGGCAGAGACACAGCAGUUAAUCAUCUUCACAACUGAACAGAAAGGAGAUCAUUUCCUCUACCUGCAGAGACUGAACCCCAACACCCUACAGAGGUACCGGCUGGAGAGAGAAGAGCCUGGUCUCGCCCCAUUCAGCUUCUCUGCCUCCUACAGGGAUAAACACAUCCGCCUGCUUUAUCUCUACCCUAACGGUCAUGUGUACCAGAGUGUGGUCUCUGUCCGGGGCCUGGGAACUGAAGAGGGGACUCAGGCUCUUCCACUUCCCCGUAGCCUGCUGCUGGGUCUUCCAGUCGGUGAGGGCCUGCUGGAGGCAGCAUCAGCCCUGGUCCUGGAUGAAGCCCAUGUAGCUGUUGUGGGGGUUCCACACCCCUCUGCUGGAGCUGGUAAAGACUUUCUCUGCAUCUGGAAUACCAAUUUCCAAACGCUUCAGGCAGGAAAAGAGAUGGCGGGUAAAAUCUAUGGGCAGCUGUGGUGUUAUUCCAACAAGUUAUUCAUUCCACAUGGGAAAACCCUGUCUGUUAUACCAUUUGUGUGCCCCAAAUCUUCCCUGGCCUCUGCACUGGGGAAACUCAGGCAGGCCAAGACUGAAGACUCCAAAGCUCCAGCUUCUGUACCAUCUUGGAAUAACAUUCUGCAUGGAGAGAAAGCUCAGCCCUCUCGAACAGUGGAGACCAGGAAGACGAGAACAAACCGUAAGACUCAAUCAACACCUUGUUUAACGAUUGACCAAGUUCUGGCGCUCAUCAAGACAGCUCCAGCAGAAGAUGUCCAGAAAGAAGUGGAGGGGUUUCUAUCCCGAUCAGACAUUCAGGGUUUACAGCCUUCAGUGGGGCAGCUGGUAUCAAUCCUUGUGUCCCGGAGCUUGUCUGAUCCAGCCUUCUACACUCCUAGCACCCUGGCACAGCUAGUGCACACUCAGUGCCUCUGCCACAGUGUGUGUCCUGACCUUCUGCUGUUGGCCCUGGAGAAGAAGGAUUACUUUCUGUGUCAGCUCUGCUUGCAGUUCUUCCCUGACAUCCCUGAGGCUGUCACCUGUGCCUGCCUCAAGGCCUUUAUUAGUAUGCCAGACGUCGAUGCAGAGAAAGUGAGUCUGGAGCCUGACAGCGUCUCCUUCAUGGAAUCCCUAAUCUCUAGGGAGCAUGGGCAGGCUGGUUUGCAGAAUGGUUUUAGCCCCGCGUCCUUUGACGAGGAUCGCUCAGACGCCCUCAGUGAAGGUGGUGCUAUCAUGAAGACCAAAGAAGAAGACAAGGAGAAGACUUCAACUCCAUCAGAACAGAUCUGUCCAGUGGGAUUACACAAGGCUGUUUUACUAAAUGAGGUCUUGCAGUCGGCGUACGGCGACAGUUUCCUCCUCCCACACCUAAAAGAUCUCUCCCCCCAGCAUGUUGUUCUUUUCCUCCAGUACCUGCAGUUUCUCUACCUAAAAUAUUCCCAAGAUGCUUUCCCACAGAUGCAUGGAUUGAGAUCACCAAGUCUGGCUCAGAUCCUGGAUUGGGUGUGCUUGGUGUUGGAUGCCCAUUUCACAGUGCUAGUGAUGACUCCAGAGGCUAAAGGCUUACUGCUGAACCUCCACAGCUUUGUUAAGUCUCAGGUGAGACUGGUUUCUGAGCUUGGAAAGAUCGAGGGCAGCCUCCAAGAACUCAAUAAGAUGAAAGUGAAAAAGGAUGACGGACAAUACUCCAUUGAAGUCAUUGAGCUGUUUUAGAAUGUGUACAGAAUUCUUUUAAUAAAUCUUUGAGCCUGUUGUCUCCUGCCAGCUUUUCACCUGAAGUGGUUUCAGAGUUGUAUACAUGUCUCUACUGGUAUUAUAAGUGCAUUUUGGCACAGAUGCUAGCCAUCAGAACUCAAGUUGCAUGAGUUUUGUUAUUAGACGUUGAAUUGACUUGCAGAUGCAUUUGAACUGUGUAUUAACCUUGUUUACACCACUGAAAAUUUGCCCAAUCAGAUAAGGUGAAUUGCAUGAUUAAUUUAUGCUCUGCUGUCAACCUAGUUAAUAAUAGGUUUGUGAAAUACAUGCAGAAGCAAGGUAAUGCAGCAGUGUGGUUAUGGUUUUAAUUCAUAAUGGGCCUUUGAACAUCUUUGAACAUGUAAAUGAGAGUGAAUAGCUGUAUUUUCUGUGUCCUAACAUGGCUGAAUAUUUGUAAAUCUGUCAGCUGUGACUGUACUGGGUUUUCCACAGGAAAGCCUUUUAUAUUGUUCUCAUGACCACGAGAAAACUGUUAAUCCAUGUGUGAAUUUUUUUUUUUUAUUAAAAGAUCAAGGUCAAAUACAAGCACA